AUGCUCAAUCGGGCGAUGCCAUGCGGGACAAGGAAACGCUUCAGAAACGAUCGCCCAGACGAACAGGCUGUCUACGAUAACACGCUACGAUGGCUCUUCUCCGCCCAGAAGCAAGCAGAGAACCACGGACUCUACCCUGAACCCAUCACUAGUAUCGACGACAGCCUUGAAAGCGUUGAAGAAGACUCAUCGUUUCAAGAAGACUCGAUGACUUCGCUGCCGAAACCUGACCCGUCGCAAAAGACGAUACAUCAUUUCUUCCGGCCUGCGUCUGCGCCUGCUCGCGUGUCUUUGGCAGAAGCAAACGGUAACGGUAACUGCACCACGCCAAACAACACGGAUACAAACCCAUCACUCUCGGCGUCUACGCACGUCAUGUCGUCACAUGUACCAAGCUCUUCUGCUACAUCUGUCGGUGACGCCUCUUCCUCGUCCGUUGCCGGCGCUGGCGCUGGCGGUCAUGUAAUUGAUGUGAUUGAAUGCGAAGACGUCGAUAUGGAUAGGGACGUUCAUACGUUCACAGCUAGUGCUACAGCGCUGACUCCGGCCUUCCAGCAGAGGGCUUGGAUGGAUGGCAAAGACCUCAAUCGGUCUCCUAGCUGCUACUAUCUUCUUAGCUAG